CGAAAAGUUUGCACAUCGUUAGACAACUCUAGCGACCACUUAGUUUGAAAGUUCAAGCCAAGUGCACGGUAUAACACUAAGAUUUCAUAACCGCUCUGAAGACGAAAUCGAACUGAAGCGCCAGACUAAGCCGGUCGGCAUUUGAAAAAUGGCCCAACUCAUACGCGUCCAUCUCAGGAAGCAUACACAAUGAGACAAUGUCGCCGCGAUAUAGUCUGUAUCUUCUUAUCACACAAUGGCAAGUGGCCAGUAAACGCACUGCUCGAUCAACGCUAUUGAUUGCCGUAUUAGUAAAAUGAGAAUGCUCCGUUAUUCAUAAGGUUUCAUUCACAAACGAAACCGCAAGGCAAGAGAGCUACACAUCACCGAUUCUCCACAACAAUUGUACACUGUGCUAAUAACAAUUUCGUGUGGCCCUUCUCUGCAAAUGGUUUGGCUAAGACGGACAUGGUGCAGUUAUUGUGGUUUUGCAAUGUGUUUUCCUUCAUUUGUGGCGUAGGUAGCUGUCGUAUAAACUGAAAAGUCACACUGGUUUGCGUAUGUGGGCGAUUGUUGACGCGAAGGAAAUGCAUUCGUCAAUAAAACUCGGACGUCGACAGGGGAAUAUGUCUUGAGUUGCGCCUCCUGGUCUUGAAUGCAACCGUACUACCGAUUCAGUGGUGGCUUGUUUUGUUGUGGGUAGCACCCUCAACCCCAGGGAACAAAAAGAACUAUGCAGAAAGUCACCAUAAAACCGAUUCAAUGUCAAAACUACGAACUUUUAAAUUGAAAGUUUUCAGAUGCUCUUCAUAACAAAGUUGCAGCUUGCUGCUCUGCAGACGGAUAUUUGAAUAUCGAUUACUUUAGGAAAUUAUAAUGGAAAUCAAACAAUUAAUAUUCCUUUGCGUAUUAUUAUUCGUUGUGAUAUUUUUCAUACUAGCAAACGUACUGUAUGUGAAUAAGUAUGUGGGAGUAUUAAAAAAAGUAAAGGGAAGAAUUCCUUCCAAUAUCAGAAAACCCAUCCGGGGAGUGAUCCGAGACAAACACAGAAAUGACAUGAGCAAGCACCCAAAAACUGACUUGAGGAAUGACACAAAACAACCGAACGUAAUCCUCAUUCUAGCUGACGAUUAUGGUUAUUAUGACAUUGGUUACCAUGGCUCUGAAAUCAAGACACCCGUACUGGAUCGGCUUGCAGCUGAAGGCGUGAAGUUGACCAAUUACUACGUCCAGCCGAUUUGUACCCCGACUAGGACGCAGCUGUUGACUGGUAGAUACCAGAUUCACACAGGAUUCCAGCAUUCUCUGAUAUGGCCCUACAUGCCCAGCUGCCUCCCCUUGGACGAGAUAACUGUAGCCCAGAAGCUGAAGGAGCUUGGGUACUCGACACAUCUAAUCGGCAAGUGGCACUUGGGUCUCUACAAGAAGGCUUGUUGGCCAACUCGGCGGGGAUUCGACACCUUCUUUGGUUUUUUGCUUGGUAGUGAGGACUAUUACGAACACCAGAGGUUUGAUGACUUUGACUUCCGUGAUCAAGAAGAGUUGGCUUGGAGUUACCAAGGGCAGUACGCCACCCACCUUUUUGCAAAACGCGCUCAAGACAUCAUUGCUAGACAUGACAAACACAAGCCGUUUUUCAUGUUCUUCUCAAACCAAGCGGUUCACGCGCCACUACAAGUCCCCAGCCAGUACCUGCGGCAGUACGCGCACAUCAAGAACCGUAACCGUAAACUGUACGCUGGUAUGACGACGUGCAUGGACGAGGCGAUCGGCAAUGUCACAGAGACACUGCAAGAACAUGGUCUGUGGAACAAUACCGUCCUUAUAUUUUCCACGGACAACGGCGGCGACCCACGGUUAGGAGCAAGUAACUGGCCCCUCAGAGGUGGCAAACGAACCCUCUGGGAAGGAGGAGUCCGUGGCAUCGGGUUUGUCCACAGUCCCCUGUUGCACCCUCGUGUCCGAGGCACUCAGAAUAGAGAGCUCAUCCACGUCAGUGAUUGGUUUCCCACGAUUGUCACGGGCCUUGCUGGCGGAAAACUGAAUGGGCCUAAACCACUUGAUGGUUAUAACAUGUGGGACACCAUCAGGUUUGGCUCCCCAUCUCCCCGUAAUGAAAUCCUCCACAACAUCGACCCGUUUGAAGGUCAUGAUCACCCCUUCACAGAUUCACUCUACAACAAUUUCACCUUCACUCUCAAGAUGAGAUCAGCUAUCCGUGUGGGUGACUGGAAAUUAUUGACUGGACCCGUUGGUGAGCCUCGCAAUUGGAUUCCGCCGGUUGAGUCAAGGCUGAAGCCCGAGCAACCCCACGACCCGCCCGACCAAACUGUCUGGCUCUUCAACAUUAGAGACGACCCUUACGAGCGCUACGACAAGUCUGCUGAGCGACCAGACAUUGUGGAGGUCUUGAUUACCCGCCUACAGGAGCACUACACUUCAUCUGUCCCAAUAAUCUAUCCACCUGACGACCCGAAGGCUGAGCCUAAACUACACAAUAACACCUGGACGAACUGGGAAUAAAAAAGAAGAUAUUGAGACUUUUUUUAUCAAGCGAAAACGGAGUUGUUUUUUCACGUCCUUUGGAGACUGCGUGUUACAUAUGACUAUUUUAAAGUGUAAACUAUGCGCAAUCACGCAUAAAUUUUGAUGUUAAUUUGAGGUUGAAAUAAGUGAACAUGACUGUGUGGUCGUGCGUAGGCAUUAUCAAGCUUCCAUUAGAAGGUGGAACGGCGACACUGCGAAUGUUCUCACGCAAGUGGCGCUGAUGCAUACUCUGUUGCAUACACGAGCAAACAUCCUGCAAACUUGUGCUGCCCUCUGCCUGAGGAGGUGGUUGCUUGAUUGAAAAGUUCACCACACACUGUCCUGUUCCCUCACGGUCGGUAGAGAUACAUGUAAUUAAUACAUGUAUCUCUUUCAGUCACUGAACAUUUGUCGACCGUUUGUGUGACUUGAAAUUUUCGCAAGCAAGUGGCCUUUGGUACUUUCACAAUAUUCAGUCAAAAAUUUCUAGUGUCUCAAACGUCAAAGACAGAUCUGACAUGCAGCGUGUCUUCUGUAAACGAACAAGCGCGUGCGAACAUUCCGGCCCCAAAUAGGAAGUCUUUGUUGAGAAAUGAAGCGUCAUCGCUCAGGCAUCGAUUGAUGACCGCAGAAUCACAAAGCGCAUGGAUAGUUCUUGUUUGUAAUGGCAAACCAGCACCGUGACUUUUUGAAGUAAGACUUCUCGUCAUUGUGUGGCAGGAUGACUGCAGCGUGGCAGAUCAAUCUGUUAAAGUAAAAAACAAAAGUUAGAAUAUGCAAGACGACAUUCAUGUAUGCUAAUACGUGUCCAUUUUCCACUGCUUUAUAUGUAGUACCUCUAUUUAUAGAGGCUAAAUUUUGAAAAGAAAAUCGAUGAGAAAUACGUAUUUAAAUAAUUACAGUUUGAUGUGAUUUUAAUGUAAGGGUAGGGCAAAAGCAAAAUCCUGAUGUUGAAACAUCGUCGGUAUGAGGAAAGUGCAAUCCCGCGGUUGUCGGCAGAGCUGAUUGUCCAUGUAUGUGUGUGGGGUCGUAUUUGUUUCCAGACAUGCUAAUUUACGGUAACAAAUUGAAUUUGACAUCAUUUUGUAAAGCUACAAAGCUGUCAUUCGAUUUCGCAUGACUUCCAAAAAAUAGUUGAUGUAGGCAUUUUUUUUUGCAUUCAGAGCGGCGUGGCAGCAGCGGUGUAGCUAGGAUUUUACAAUGGGGCCACAUGGGGGCACCAGCAUCUUAUGGGGGCACCAGCUUUCAGAGGUGUAUUUUUUUUGGGGUGGGUGGCCUUGUUCAAGAUCCAUUCAUCCAUUUUUUUUAGCGGGGGAACCUGGGGGCACACUUGCCCCUAGCUCCCCCUCCCCUUCGUGGCUACGCCCCUGCGUGGCAUUCAAUUUGGAACAAUGGAAAUUCAAAUUCUUGCAUUAAGCAUUUUUGGAGAGUGCUAAAUUUUAGGCUACUUUGUCUCCGAAAAUAAAAUGAAUAAAAAAAUUGAA